UUGUACCGAUCUGGUGAUUUUGUUUACUAUCAUGAUGAUAAUGGUCAAAAAAAACUUGGAAGAUUAAGAUCAAUUUUAAAAAAUAAUGAUGGAUAUUAUCAGUUACGAAUUCAAAAAAUUUUGGAAUAUAGAGAUUUACCCAGAAAUUUAAAAGGGUUACCAAGACAACGUCGUUCUAUUACCGGUGAAGUAUGGUUACAAGACAAACCAUUUUUAAUUAUAAUGACUUCUCAAAUUUUAGAAAAAGUAACUAUAUUGAUAAUGUUUCAACAUCAAAAUAUUCCUGAUGGUUCAUUGUGGAUUAGUGAAAUAAUUUAUAAAUGUAAUGACCGUUGGCACGUUCGUAAUGUAAAGCUUUCAUACCUACAUCCAUCUGAUUACAUUUCUAUUAGAAAUCCACCAUUAUCAUCUAUGCCAAUUUAUAAGCUGUUUUUAGAUCUUUAUUAUGAUGAUUUUGGUACAUUUAGAAAUGUAUACCAUUUUCUAGGUGGUGUUUAUGCACAGUUUGGAAAUAUGCCAGCACAUCAAAAAAAGCUAAUAAAGAACCAUUUUGUCAUUGGGUUUAUCCCAUUUGAAGGAAAAUUUGUCGAAUUUAUGAUACCAUUCAUUUCAGAAAUGAAGGAAUUAGAGAAAGGAAAGGUGAUGACUGUCCAAGGACAAGAUGCAUGGAUAAUUGCUGGUUUAGGCGUUGUUAUGGCAGAUUUACCUCAAGGUAAUGAUAUGACAGGAGUAUUAAGACAUAAUGCAAAUAAAGGUUGUCGUACUUGUAAAACUACUAAAGAAUCAUUGAGUGCUCACAAUCAGGAUAUCGUAACAACAUUACGUUAUCAUCAUAUUACAGACGAAGAAAUCUUAAAAAUUUCUCAUGAGACUAUAAUGUCAAGAAGAGAUCAACUUUGUACGGAAUAUGGUUUACGAUCAUUACCUAGUAUUUUAGAUAAAUUAAAAAGGAAAAGACAUUUACAGACGCCGCAGGAUGUUUAUCAUGCGACUGCAGGAAAGAUUGGGCGGCUACUAAAAUUAACUUGUGAAUUAUUUUCACGAGAAGGAAAAGAUAAUUUUAUCGAAAUUUGGAAAAAUUUUGAAAUCCCAAAAAGAUGGUCUCGCUUACCAAAUCCGAUUACUCACUACAAUAGUUUUAUGAUGUCGGAUUUACUUAGAUUAGUUAUGAUUAUGCCAUUUUUGUUAAACCAGUUUUUAAAAGAAUCAAGUAUCAAACGUAAUGAAACAGCCAUGAUUCAACAAAGAAUUAAUGCAUUUUGAGUUAGUUCAGUUUCAAAAAUUAUUAUAUUUUGUUAGAUACAUGUUGCAAAAACUAUGAAAGCGGUUUUUAACAAGAAAUUUACAUCAGAUAGCUAUGAGGAAUUGCAACAAUGUCUUGAAGAAGAGUUUUCAAUCCUUCCAAAGGUUUUUGUAAAUUUUGUUAAUUUACCAAACAUACACG